GCGAACCACCAACGGGAAGCACGAUCGCCUUCAUCAUCGUCCGCGCACUGCGCCUCAAGGAGGGAGACUGCACAGCAAACGGUAACCUCUUCGAUUGCCUCACGUCACCGACCAUCAUGUGGUCAAAAAUGGUUCGCCCGGCGCCUUUUGCUUUGCCGCAGAGAGCCUCAUCAUGUUCCUCAAGGCACUGGCUGCAUGAGAAGAAGCACUUGACAGUGGGAAAACAUUGAUCGACCCGUUUGCGAGAUAGACUCGACAACCGUCCGUUCAUUCAACUGAAGUCAUUCGAAGCUUUCACUAGCUUUGAACACACUAACCUCCAGUUCCGGAAUCAACUCCGAAAAAGGACUUUAGUCUCAAUCACUCAUCGACAGACUGACUUAGUAAACUACCUUGAGUCUCCGAUACCCCCUAGCCGUCAUGUCGUCGCUAAAGAGACUUCUCAACGAGGAAGAUGAGGAUCUCCACUAUCCCGACCCGUCGUCCGUCUCCUCGUACGGCUCCAUCACGCCAACCUACCAAGGCGGCUUCCAAGACUACUCGGACCCCGGAUAUCAUCCACGCCAUACCCCCUUUCAAAGCUUUGACUACACCAACCAGGGCGGCCAAGAGGAUGUUCCCGUAAUCGAGGACCACCCUUCCAUGAAUGCCAUGUUCGACAGUCUUCUCUUUGGCCAGAGCGUCGGUGAUCAAUUAGGGGCCCUCAAUCUCGGUGAUGGAACCGAGCUCGCGCCCUACGACUUCGGGACCGACCUGGAAAUAUGGGGUCGCAAUACUAUCGCACACUCUCCUGCGCAGGGGACGUACAGCUCACCCCAGAGCUCCGGAUCGUCACAAGAUUCUUUGCCUGUAACACACUCGCCCUCACUCUUCCCCGAUUCCAGCAUCGCAGGUUCGGACUCAUGUUCGUCGACGGCGGGCGAGGACGAAGCCGACAAGGUCUGCUACGGCAUGCUUUACAAUGUAGACGUCAAAUUAAUAGGUGACAUGGCCGUCAUCGACACCAAACUGCGCGAGUCCAGCCAAGCCUCAGCCCCAGGCAAGACAGCCUACCAACGCUUCACUCUCACCGAUUCACAAGAACACAUCUGCCUCUCCUUUAAGGACGACAAUACUACGGAAUUCGGCUACCUCCGCUCCGGGCCCGGCAAGGCCCUCGCCCGACUGCUCAGUCCAGACUCUCACGUCGAGUUUGAGCCCAUCGCCCCGACCAGGACGCUCCGUGAGACCAUCGGCCGCGCCAAGAAGCCUGUCGAGGCCAUGGUCAAAGUUGACAUCAACGUCUACGGCCCGCGCCGCGCCGCGAAGAGCGUCGGCGACAAGCUGACCGAGGGAAAGCUCUGGCUGCAAAAGUCGGACCAUGCGCGCCGAGAGCAUUCUUAUGAGAACCCGCAUGUUCUCAAGAUUCAGGGCGGCGAGGCGAUGCCCGAGCAUACCAUCAACGAGGUCAACAGCGGCCAACCGGCUGGGCGGCAACCGCGGGAAGAGAAGUUAAGGCGGAUGAUGAUUGAGGUGUAUGACUCGAUUAAGAACAAGCGCCACUUCAACCGAGAACUCGGAGACAAGCGAUUGAAGAAUGACCUGCUAGGGCACCAACAGGAGGCGCUCGCGUUUAUGUUGGAACGGGAGUCUGGUGACAUUCAUCCAAAUUAUAGACUCUGGUACCCAGUGACGGUAGAAGGACAAGAAUGGUACCGCCACAAGAUCACAAACGUGAAGCAAAAGAUCCAGCCGGACGAGAGGGGCGGUGGCAUUCUUGCAGAUGAGAUGGGCAUGGGUAAAUCUUUAUCCAUCCUCUCGCUCAUCGUCAAGACUCUCGACGACGCCCGUACCUGGGCCGUCGACGAAGACAUGAACGGGGAGAAGAACAAGGACCUGCACUACUCCGGGUCCACCCUCGUAGUGGUAUCAUCUGCUCUACUCAUUUACAAUUGGACAAAUGAAAUUGAGAAGCACGUGGAUGGGAGCCUGACGCAUGUCAAGUACCACGGUCCGAAUCGAGAGAAGGACCUCGACAAGAUCAAGGGCUCCGAUGUCAUCGUGACAACCUACAACACACUAUCUGCAGAAUUUGAUAAGAAAUCGUCUAUCCUGCACAAGAUUGGCUGGUACCGAGUGGUCCUCGAUGAAGCGCACAUCAUCCGCCGCCCAGCAACAACAUUCUACCAAGCCUGCAGAUCGCUCCACGCAAACUCCCGCUGGUGCCUCACCGGUACGCCCAUCCAGAACAAACUCGCCGACAUUGGCGCCCUCUUCGCCUUCAUCCGCGCAACCCCCUUUGACAAUCCAGCCGCCUUCCGCCGCUACAUCGAGGUGCCUUUUGAGCAACACUCGGAAAACCUCGAUAAGGUAAAAGAGCGUCUCGUCACCCUCAUGGAAUCCCUCUGCCUUCGCCGCACAAAAGACCUCCUCGACCUCCCCGGCCUCGAGGAACGCAUCGUUGACCUCAGGUUCAGCCCCGAGGAGCAGCAGCAGUACGACAAGACCAAGAAAAUUCUCAUGCGCACCAUCAAGCAGAAAGUAGGCGAGGUCGAAAAGAGCAGCAAGUUCGGUCUCUUCCAGGCCAACCUCCAGAUGCGCAUCUUCUGCAACCACGGUACCUUCCAGAAGCCCUUCUCCUGGCACCGGCGGAGCUACCGCCUCGACGAGCGCGAGGCCGCCGUCUCGGCGCUGGGGCAGAACGCCGAGAUUACGUGCGAUGGGUGUCACCAGCCUAUGCCUAUCCUCGGGUCCAGCAGGCUGCGCAACGAGUUUGAGGAGCAGUGCACACACGUGUUUUGCUCAGAGUGUCUCGAGGACUCGGACUUGUCGUCGGCGGCGUCGGUGUCGGCCCCGGUCUCCGGCUCUCGGGGGCGGCAUUGUCCCGUAUGUGACAAUUGGAUGAAGUCGGCCAAGAUUUCUUCUGCUGGUCCCACGACGGUUCCGCUGGUGAGGGUUGACAGGACUGCGGUGGAUGCCGGGGGUAUACCUGACGUGUCUGCCCAGACCACAUCAGGCGCGGACGAUGCGGAUUACUUUAACACGGUGGGAUACUCUACCAAGAUGGAGGCCCUCAUCCGUGACGUCCAAGUCGACGUCUCGACAACCAAGAGCAUCAUCUUUUCUUGCUGGACGAGAACACUCCGCCUAGUUGCAAAACACCUAGAAAAGGUCGGCGUUAAGUACCACAAGAUUGACGGCGACUGUCCCUUGUCGCAGAGACAGGACAUUCUGCGACAAUUUGCAAAGGACGAGGAGAAGAGGGUUCUCAUCAUGACGACUGGCACAGGUGCCUUUGGUCUCAACCUAACCUGCGCCAACCGCGUGUUCAUCGUCGAGCUGCAGUGGAACCCCAGCGUCGAGAACCAAGCCAUCGCCCGUGCGAUCCGCUUCGGCCAGGGUAAAAAGGUGCUCGUCACGAGAUACGUGAUCAAAAACACGGUAGAAGAGGAAAUGAGAUCACAGCAGAACGUCAAGAAGAACCUGGCAGCAAUUGGGUUCGACGAGCCUCCUGGUGUUGAUGACGAGAUGGAUCAGUCAUAAGAAGGCCGAGGAGAUGUUGAGGUCAUGAGGUGAUGGUUCGCUGCGGGAAAUGUGCGAAUUGAUGUCUUGAUGAACUUGAUGGUGAUAUUUUUUUGAAUGAUUCAUUUCUACGGUCCUCCGAGGGGUCAUUGCGAUGCGAUGCAGGCAUCUCACUUAGUUGUAUCUCUUCAGGAGCCUAGCGCCAUCAUGUAUAGAAGCAGAGCUUCGCCAUGAUAGUUGCUCAUAAUAAUACCCAAUUGAUUUUCUUCUCU